AUGCCAUAUGCUUUUGGCGUAUAUGGUGAGAUUAGUCACCUGACCUCACCUCCCCACCCGUGUCUUAGCCAUACUGAUGAAACUAGAUGGGUCAACUUAUGGGCUGGAAUGGUCGAGGUCCUUUGCGUCCUUAGUUUGAGUGUAGUCAAGGAGGGUUCAUUCAACAGGUUUUUCCCCAAUAUUACUACUGUGUCCAAGUUGUGCUCGGUCAAUGCACUGAAAUAUCUUCAACUUAAUUCUGGUUGUCCAAUAUGCUUUGAAGACUUCCCGGUCAAUCAAGUGUUUGCUUGCUUGCCAUGCUCGCACUUAUACCGCUCUGGCUGCAUUCAUCAAUGGCUCAACAGGAAUAACUCUUGCCCUUUGUAUCGGUUUAAGCUAGCUAGGCCUUGGUCUCAGUUUCGUUAUGUUUCGCUGUCAUUCCGUUAA